AGAGAAAUGUCAGUGUAACUUCCGGCGGCCAUUGUCGUUCUUUUCAUUUCACACUCCGUGCAGGCUGAACGCGUGGAUUAGAUUUUAGCUCCAUCUUCCAAAAUGAGGAUUUAUAAGGAUAUCAUUACAGGUGACGAGAUGUUCUCGGACACAUACAGAAUGAAACUGGUGGAUGAGGUGAUUUAUGAGGUGACUGGUACCCUCAUCCAGAGAAAAGCAGGAGAUAUCCAACUCGACGGAGCCAAUCCUUCCGCCGAGGAGGCUGAUGAGGGUACAGAUGAAGCUGUUGAGAGUGGCGUCGACGUGGUGCUGAAUCAUCGCUUGUGCGAAACUGGCUUCAGUGACAAGAAAUCCUACACAGCCUACCUCAAGGAUUACAUGAAGAAAUUGAUUGAAAAAUUGCAAGAGAAGAAUCCGGAUCAGGUGGAUGUCUUCAAAAAUAACAUCAACAAAGCCAUGAAGGAUAUUAUUGGGCGAUUUAAGGAGUUGCAAUUUUUCACAGGAGAAUCAAUGGACUGCGACGGAAUGGUGGCACUUAUGGAAUACCGUGAAAUUGAUGGUCAAUCAGUUCCAAUUUUGAUGUUUUUCAAACAUGGACUGGAAGAGGAGAAAUUCUAAAAGAAAAAAUUUACAGCAGAAAAAUUCAUACAGCCUCCAUUCCUCGGAGAUUUGUUUUUUUGACCGUUUUGAGAUUACACGCAAGAACCAAUAUAAUUGACAAAAGAAAAAAAAAUAAGCAAAAAAGCGCCGAGAGACAUCUAAACUAUAAAUACAUAAAAUAUGCUUUAUUUUUAAACAAUCUACAAUAAUUUAAAAAGAGAAACAAAAAUUAUCAAAACACU